AUGGUUUUCAUGGCUGGCCCUGCAAACAGUUGCUCCCUAAGGCCCCUGGGACUCCAUGGCAUCACCCAAGCCUUGUAUGCUGUUCUCUUAACAACGCUGAUCAUGAUGAACUUGGUUCUCAAGAAUAUCGACUUAGGUGGCCUUUCUGCUCAAGCAGUUCCACAAGACAAGUACCUGCAUUGCUACCAAUGUCUACUGGAGACUGAAGAGUCGGGGUGCCUCCUGGGGUCUGACAGCUGCCUCACACCUCUGGGAAGUAGCUGCUUCACCCUGAACAUAAAGAACAGCAGCGGUUUCAGUGUCAUGGUGAGCGGCUGCCACAACAAGGAGCAGAUGGUCCAUUGCUCACAUACCCGCGCUUCCCCAGUGUUUGGCUUUUGGAUAUACUAUCAGUGUUGCUUCCUGGAUUUCUGUAACAAGCCGAAGAACAGAGAGAACUCUAUGCACUAG